CACAGUAUCUGUGUGUUACUGGAAGUAGUUAAACGGCAACGGGAAUUUCCGGGUAGUUCGUCUCUACGUUUGUAUUCUUAAUGUCAGGAUAAAGUCGCCUCAGUCCAAUUAAUGAACCCUCUCAGCCUCUGUUAGCUUGUUAACUGCCAACAAAGAGACCGGGGGUUUUCAGCUCAUUGCUCCCUGGGAGUGUAGUCUCGUGGCUGCGUGAAUAUGUGCAAGACACAAAUGCUGCGGACGUUGGUGAAUCAGCGACUGAGUGUGGCCGUCGAUGAAAUAUUUGUAGUGUUUGAAAGGACGAUAGCAGAGUUCGAAGAGGAACUUUCUCGAACAAAAGAGGACAACGAGCGACAACGUCUACUUCUCGACGCUGUUUUCAACAAUCAGGUUGUAUUACAGAGAGCAGACGUUCAUGAAGAACAUCUUUCGCCUGAGCAGCAGGAGUUCAUCGCCAGGGUGGAGCAGGAGCCGCUACAACCUCACCACAUUAAAGAAGAAGACCAGCGUCACAACCCAGAGGAACUACAGAAGUUCCCAAAGAUUAGUGUCACUGUGAAAAAUGAAGAUGAUGGAGACAUAGAUGAACGUGAGGAGAAGCUAGAGGGGCAGCCUACAAGCAGCAGCUCAACACAACACAUGACAACAGAAGCUGAUGGAGGAUCACAGGCAGACAAUCUCUUAGCGCCACUAUCAUAUAGGUACGACCCAACAUCCAACACUCCUGACACUGAUGAUGAAGACCCUAAAGCAGACAUGACAUGUUACACUGACCACACAUACUUCAAAUGCUCUCAGUGCGACAAAACAUUUAAUCACCGUUGUAGUCUGAAAAGACACACGAAAACACACACAGGAGAAAAACCAUUCGUGUGCUCAGUUUGUGGCAAAACGUUCUAUGAGAAGGCCGAUUUUAAAAUACACACAAGAAUACACACUGGAGAGAAACCGUUUCCAUGUUCAGUCUGUGGUGCAGGUUUUGUCCGUUCUCAACAUUUGAAAAGACACAUGAGAAUACACACCGGAGAAAACACAUAUUCUUGUGUAAGCUGCAACAAAAGCUUUUGUGAGCGAACAGCACUUGUAGUACACAUGAGAAGACACACUGGUGAGAAAGUGUUCAGUUGCAACGUGUGCAAUGAAAGAUUUUUUUAUAAGUACCAGAUUAACAAUCACAAGUGUGCUCAUGAGAACAGCAGCCGUAAAUGAAAUAUAUUUUGAUAACGAUUGUAAUAUCAUUGCUGUGCGUAUGAAAUACUGCAACUGUUGCUCAUUUGCUUGUAACAUAUACAUGUCCUACAGAAGUGUAAUUUUUUUCAUCAUGAAAGGCCAAUUUAUAUUUUUGUGGGGCCUUAUAGCUCGGUUGGUAAAGUGACUGUGCCAGCAACUUGAGGUUCCAGGUUUGAUCCUUGCUUUCGCCAUCUUAGUCACUGCCGUUGUGUCCUUGGGCAAGACACUUUACCCACCUGCUGCCAGUGCCACCCACACUGGUUUAAAUGUAACUUAGAUAUUGGGUUUCACUAUGUAAAAGUGCUUUGAGUCACUGGAGAAAAGCGCUAUAUAAAUAUAAUUCACUUCGACGAACGUGAAAAGAAAAGAUGCCAACAGCUCUGCCAACGUUAAAGACUGUGUCAAUGUAUGAUGGUGGUUGUAACUGACUAUAAAGAGACUGUGUGUUAUUGUAAAUGGAAAAUAAGUAAUUUUCACUCCAAGGGAGGGUCAUAACAUUCUAGCUUGAACUUCUGUCUGGCACCGUUCAUGCGUACCAAAGGUUGAAUCUUGAUGACAAGCAGGGAGAAUGGGGCGGCUCCAACAGCAGUGGAGUCCUGGAGCUAAAGUACAGUACACCAAUCAUGCUGCUGAAUUAAAACUAUGAUGUGUCAUUCAAGUCCGAUUAAAGAAAGCGUCAUCCUACA